ACGUUAUUAUUGCUGCUGACAGAUUUGGUUGCAGAAGAAACUAGCUGGUGCCUUGUGUUUACUAUUAGAAGUUGUACAAUAUGAAAGGGAAUAUCAAACGAGAAAUGUUGGUUGAAAACGUGGCUCUGCAUGUGCCUUCUAUGGAAGAAUUAGCAGAAGUUGUUGGCGUUGGGUUAAAGAAGAAUUACAAAGAGUGGUCUUGUAGCGUAGUUGACUGUCCGGAUUUGAGCAAAGCGCCUUUUGGUCUGGCAUCCAAUGGCAUUUGUGGACGCACACGGUUAGUUGAUGUCGGCGGUGUACCGAAUUUAGUGCCGGUGUCUCAAUACAUGGAAAAGGUGUAUAACUUACAAGAUAUCUCCGAGAGAGUGGGCACUCCUGGUUGUUUCAUACUCGGCGCUGGUGCAGGUUCAAAGCAUGUUGUCGGUUGUAAUUGCGAGUUAAUGCCGAAUUUUCGAUGCGAGGGCGGAGAAAGAGAGCGUGUCAAUUUAUGUCAUGUAGCAAGAGUUAAAAGUGACGGCGGUUACUUGCUGCAGAAUUACGAAAAUGAUCAUGGCUCUAGUUCCGAAUUUUCGUUGCUUGCAAAUUUGUUCUGCUCGGACGGAAAGCAGGGCAAAGUGUUAGAAGUAAGGGGAAAAUGUAGAAUCGGAGAAAAGGAUCUGGUUGGGUGUAUGAGGGGCGCAUUGAAAGAGCAUUUUGGUCCAAACCGACCAAUAGGAAUGGGCGGUACAUUCCUUGUCAACAAAGGGAAAAUAAAGAUUCACGUCAUGCCCGAUUUUAGCGAGACCCCGCUUACGUCAGAUAAUGACGUCAAUAACUGGCUUAAAUUUUACGAGGUGACCUCACCUUUCAUGUGCCUCUCCACUUUUAUCACUGAAGAUUGUGGUUUAGACCUUCGUGUGGAACACACACAUGGUUACAAUGCUAAUAGUGGCGUAGGGGGUCACUACCAUUAUGAUGUCACACCAGAUGAGGUCGAAUACAUUGGUUACUUCACCCCAGCAGAGUUCAUAUACCGAGUUGACAGACCUUCCACAACUCAUAAUAUUGGAAGAGAUUAACUAGUUUUGUAACAUCAAAUUCUGAAGCGAUUUCAGGGCGAACUUUUAUAAUUUUCAGUUAUGUAUCAGAAGUGCAAUUAAUGAAAUUUUGAAUUACGAUUACAUAAAUCGUGUGCCA